AUCACUCCACUUCUCCAAACUUCUUUUGGUUAACUUAUCUUAGGAUCCAAGCCGGCAGAGGACAUGGUUAUGGGGAUAUAGGCAUGAACAGAGGACAGAGAUCUAUACCAGGCGAACGAGAAGCAAGAAUAAGGAGGAUGGUAGAGCCAGACUAUGAAAAGGAUGGUUUCUUUUGUGGUCCCCCAGGGAAGAGUUAUUCUCAGCUGGUAUUUAUGUCCACAACUGCUGGAAGCUUAUGGAACUUGCAAGCAAUACAGUCCAUGUGUCAAAUGGAACAAGACAAGAUCCGUUCUCAUGCACAGUUUGGGAAUCUCUGUCAACGUACUGAAGCCAAUGAAUGCUGUCCAAGUUGGUCUCUUGGGAACUAUAUUGCUGCCCUGUACAACCGGUCUUCUUGUUUAGAGAUUACCCAAGCAGAUGUUUCCCAUACUCUUGCGCUUCUUCGGUCAUGUGCCCCUGACUAUCACAAAGGUGUCCUUGUUCCUCCUUGCACGAGUCCCAAGGCUGAAAGAGACAAGCACGCACAGUGUUGCAAAGUUCCAGAGAAAUGCACUCGGUUCCGUGCUGUUUACCAGCUUCUUCAUUUCCUAGUGGACAGAGAUUUUCUCAGCCCACAGACAGUGGGAUACCAAGUGCCAACCCUGAAAUACAGCCUGCUUUUCUUGCCUACAAUGAAAGGAGCAUCUAUGAUGGGCAUCUACCUAAAUAAUCUUGAGUCAUGGGACUUGUUUGAUAAUUACACAUCCAUUGCUGGAAUGGAUCUGGGCCUUAAGCAGACAUUAUUCCAGCACUACCUAUUACUGGAUACCAUGUAUCCAGUCAUGGCAAUACUAGCCAUAUUUCUAAGCAUAUUUUUUUAUUUACGCUCAAUCUUUAUUACGUUUAUCAUCUUAAUGAUUGUCUUUGGUACCUUGAUGAUUUCCUACUUCUUGUACAAGGUGGCCUUCAGAUUCUCCUACUUCCCUUUUGUAAACCUAACGGCAGUAGUCAUUCUUAGCAGUCUUUGUGCCAAUCAUACCUUUGUCUUCAUUAACCUCUGGAACCAUAGCAAGAGCCAGAACCCAUCCGCUGGGCUACUGCAGUGGGUAAGACUAACCAUGCAUCACUUUGGUUAUCUCAUGCUGGCAUCUUGCCUGACAACUGGUGCUGCUUUCUACACCAGCUACAUGAGCUACAUAACCCCUAUCCGAUGCUUUGCCAUCUACAUGGGCACUUCUGUCUUGGUGAACUUGGUAUUCAUGUUGACCUGGCUUCCUUCUACUGUGGUGCUAUAUGAACGUUACCUAGCAAGGAACUGCGUUUAUAAACCAGAGGACUAUUGGAAUAACAGUGGUCACAAGAGUGUCAUUCUCGCUUUCCAUCACAUCCUCAGGCGUAUCCAGAAUACCUGGUGCGAAACCGCCAAGCUAUUAUUUGAGAAAGUUCUUCCUUGUGGUGUAAUAAAGUUCCGUUAUAUCUGGAUCUGCUGGUUUGCCGCCUUGGGUAUAGGGGGUGCCUACAUUUCCUGUCUGAACCCUAGACUAAAGCUCCCUUCUCUAGAGAUGUCAUCUGUCCAGGUUUUCAGGCUAAGUCACCCCUUUGAAAGAUAUGAUGCCGAAUAUUGUAAUGAGUUCAUGUUCGAAAGGCUGGAACAAGGAGAAGACCUGAGCAUGCCUGUCGUUAUAGUGUGGGGCAUACUUCCAGUGGACAAUGGGGAUCACUUUAAUCCCAUGAGCAAUGGCACUCUGGUGAUGGAUGCAGCAUUUACCAUUGAAAAUCCUGAAGCUCAACGGUGGCUGCUGGACUUUUGCCAAAAAGUGAAGAAUCAGACUUUUUAUCACUCUGAUCUGGAACAAAAACCCACAGUUUGCUUCAUGGAGGAAUUUCACCGGUGGAUGGAUAGCCGCCAGUGCUCUAAGCGAGACCACAGUUUCAACCUCUGCUGUAAUCACUUCUCCUUCCCAUACAGUAGAGAAGUCUUCCUUCAUUGCAUCAAAAUGAUGGUAACUGAACAAAACAGGGAUGAGGGUGAGACUCGUGACCUGGGUCUCAGGUUUGAUGAAAAAGGCCAUUUAGUUGCUUUGGUGCUACAGUUUCAAACAAUUUAUCACUAUAGCUUCAACUAUAGCAAGGCCAAACAUUUCUAUGAUGAAAUUGGCAUCUGGAUAAGAGAGGAGAUGAAGGCAGCCCCCAUGGGGCUUCAGAAUGGCUGGUUCACCAGUAAGUUGGAGCUCUAUAAUCUCCAGCACACUGUGGACACAGAGAGUACAGUAGUGCUGGGCUUAUCCAUAGCCAUCUCAUUUGUGGUUCUUUUGCUCACAACUUGGAAUGUCCUCCUUAGCAUUUUCUCCAUUGCCGCUAUUACAGGCACCGUCCUGGUAACUGUUGGCCUUUUGGUCCUCCUGGAAUGGCAGCUUAAUGCGGUGGAAUCUCUCUUCAUUUCAGCAGCAGUGGGUCUCUCUGUCGACUUCACAGUCAACUACUGUAUAUCCUACCACUUGUGUCCACACCCUGAUCGCCUGAGCCGCGUAGCCUUCUCCCUGAAGCAGAUGAGCUGUGCCACUGUCAUGGGGACCUCUGCUUUGUUUUCUGCAGGUAUCCUUAUGUUGCCUGCCACUGUGCUGGCCUACAGGAAGCUGGGCAUUUUUGUGAUGAUGAUCAAGUGUGUCAGCUGUGGCUUUGCAAGCUUCUUCUUCCAGUCUCUCUGCUGCUUCUUUGGCCCAGAGAAGAACUGUGGACAGAUUCUUUGGCCUUGUGCUCAUGCUCUGAAGGACUAUUCGGAUGACCCAGGUUCUUCCAACAGAACAUUUACCUGUGGAGGAAAUGAGAAGCAGAAUAGAUUACAAAAAGGGCAGGAACCCAACAGUGCAAGUGAACAGUAUGAGCUCCAGCCUUUGGCCAGGAAGCUUAGUGACAGCUUUGAUAACAGCACCUCCACAAGCAAGUUGUCCAAUCGUCCGUCUAUCUUAUCUGAAGACAUUCAUCUCCAAGACAGCAGGUGCCCUGGAAUGGAAACUCACCCUUCCUUUGAAAGGGACAGACAGAAGCUGGAGCAGACCAGGGGGCACCAUGAAGCACUCUGUCAAUGUCCAGCCUUGCAAACAUCUUCUCCUUACAAACCUGGAAGUAACUCAGGAACUGAAGCAGAAAGUCAUAGAGACAAGCUUUGCAGAGACUGCAGAUGUCAAAAGGGUUGGGAACAUCUUCAGUCAGGCAGCGCAGUAGGUGACAGACUGCUGAACAAAUCUCUUUGCUCAAUCAACACCGAUCAACAAAAAUCAGAUUAUACCUCAGAAAAUAGUAAUGUACCAGAAGCUGAAAUGUAUGAACUCCAUAGAUGCCUUUAUUCCACUGGCAGCUCUUUCAGUGUUCAGAAUGUCUCCAGUGAGACCUCCCUGAGUGAUUUUGAACCAAGUAUAAAACUUAUGGAAUCUGCCAGUCCUUGUCCAGAUCAUUUAGAUGUAGCUGAUUCUUGCUGUCCAACUCAAAGGGGUCAUCUGAAUGGAAAGAGAGACACCUUGAGGCUGGACCUGAGAGAGACUGUCUUUGACACGUCUGCCUCAGCAUCACAGCAAAACAGCGGUAUGAGGAAACCUCGGUUAGGAUUAGGGGACGAGGAUCUGGUCGUUUUACCAAACAGCAAACCAGAUAUGCCAGAUGUUUGGAUCAAGCGAUCUGGCAUCCAGAACUCUGGAUACUGAAGUGAACAACUCAGAGGAAACAAAACACUAUUUUCAGGGGCAAGGAAAAUUAACUUCCAUUUUGAAUAGUGAGUAUAAAACUAUUCCUUUUCCAAAAUGAGAACAAGCUGCAUUGUACAGAAGUGACAUUUUUACAAAGUCAGUAAAUCUGAUGUGGAUUAGAGGCAAUUGUUAAUGCAGUGUCAGCUGUUCUAACUGCCUACUCAAUAGAGAGUGCCAUACUCUCCAUUAUACUGUAGGAUUAUCAGCAGGAGUUAUUUGUCAUUCUCUCCAGCCCAAUUUGUUUUGGAGAGUCAGUUUGUUUUGGAGUAAAUGGAGAGGCAUGAUGAUUAGUGAAAAAUAUCUGAAGACAAAGGGAAACUCUAUACUAAAAAGUAUUAAGUGUGUGAUGAUGAAUAACGAUGAUCUUGCUACUGACCGACUGAAUAUUGUUGAUUUGACACAAUAAGUGGUUGUUACUUCACUCAUCUCUCUUUUUAUCAUCAUUUUAAAAAACUCCUUGAGGAAAUUAUAUUCAGAUAUUCAGGCACUUCUCAGAAAGGACUUACCAGUAGCCCUUUAAAAAUAAAUGUUGUUGUUGCUCUCUCCUCCACUUUUUUCUACAGUGUAAUUUACAAGUGGAACCUGCAAUAAAAUGUUGCAGUGUGCAGCAUUUCUGUCCAGGGUUCUAGCCUGCCAGCCAUGCCUUUUUCUUGGAUAACCCAUUCCAUUCCCCACCUCCCCAACAGUCAGUCAGCAUUCCAUGGCCACUGAACAUGUUCAGUCCUCACUGAGCUGUUUUGGGAUUGUUGUCAUCCCCCCCCCAAAAAAAACACAUAAUUUUUUCUACUGCUGCAAACCUUGAAUUUUCCCUUAGCUGGCUGAUACCUCCUUCUUGUGCCUGGAUGGUUAAGUUUUGGCUACAAAAGGAUUGGCACUCAGAGAACAAGUUUGUUAUUAGCAUAUAUGAUCUCUAAAUCAGAAGUUCAGCUAUUUAUUUUCCCCACUGACAAUGUACUUAAAGCUCAUAAUACAUUUUCCUUGUAAUUCUUGAUUACCUGGUAUGGGUGAUUUGUGUUUCCCCUUAGCUGCUGGUAUAUAGAGAUGUAUAGAGAUGUUUACAUUUUGCAUAUCUAUGGACCCUGCAAUUUACUUUCUUGGCUAUGUCACAUCCCGCCCUGCCCCUUUCAGCAACCACAGUCUUUUUAUGUUUACUUGUAAAAGUGAUA